AUGACCUCACUAAAUAAUGAAUCUUCAACAUUUGAGACAAUCAUAUUCUGCUCCUUUAGCCAGAUUAUUACCGUAAGCUAUAUAGAGAGUAUAUAUGACGUUGUUGUCGUUGGAGCAGAUCGAUUUUUUAGCAGUUUUGGUGCAUUGUACUUUUUCGACGGUCGAAAUGUGAGUCUGCAUGAAUCCGGACUAUCGUCACCCUCAGCAUUAGCUGUAGAUCGACAAAGAAAACUAAUAUUUAUUGGCUCGCUAUUGAACGAGGUUUGACU